AUGCUAGCGAGGCUGCCCAAGGCCGUGCUCGCCAACAACCGUGUCGCUGCUGCCGGUGCCGCGCGCCAGGCAGGCCGUACCGCUUCGGUUCGCUUCGCGUCCACCGAGGCCGCUUCGUCUAAUGCUUUCGCGGAUGCAUUGACAUCGCGUACGGCACUUGCCGGUGCGACUCUGGCUACGCUCGGGUCCGUGGCUUGGUACACCCACGUCUUUGGCUCACUGCCAUUCGUCGGCGAGGUGCACGCGAGCUCAGCUGGCGAGGCUGGCCUCCACCCACCAGCGUACCCUUGGAGCGACAAGGGUUGGAUGCAGUCUUUCGACCACGCUAGCAUUCGUCGCGGUUACACCGUCUACCGCGAAGUGUGCGCGGCAUGCCAUUCGCUCGACCGGAUUGCUUGGCGUAACCUCGUCGGUGUGUCGCACACCGCGGACGAGGCACGCAUAAUGGCGGAGGAGGUCGAGUACGAGGAUGGACCGAACGACCAGGGAGAGAUGUUCCAGCGCCCGGGAAAGCUUGCGGACUACAUGCCUGCACCUUACCCGAAUGAGGAGGCCGCACGUGCAUCUAACGGCGGUGCUCUUCCUCCCGACCUUUCGCUCAUUGUCAAGGCCCGCCAUGGAGCUGCUGACUACAUCUACGCUCUCCUGACCGGUUACAUCGACCCGCCCGCCGGCGUCGAGAUCCGUGAGGGCAUGAACUACAACCCGUACUUCCCCGGCGGUGCCAUCUCCAUGCCCCGUGUCAUCUUCGACGGCCUCGUCGAGUACGAGGACGGCACCCCUGCCACCACGGCACAGCUCGCCAAGGACGUCGUCACGUUCUUGCACUGGGCGGCCGAGCCGGAGCACGAUGAGCGCAAGAAGGCCGGUAUCAAGGCCGUCAUCCUCUUCACUGCUCUCACCGCCAUCUCUAUCUACGUCAAGCGCUUCAAGUGGGCCCCGAUUAAGGCUCGCAAGAUCCAGUACAACCCGCCGACGACCAAGCACUGA